AUGGGCAUUCUCAUUUUUUUGCUUUUACUCUUCACAAAACCCUCCACUCUCCGUGCAAAAACUGCACAACAUCAUGCACAACACCACCUCCACCACCACCACCAACAACAACAUUCUUCUUCAAAUUCAAAAGCGAAUGGGAGAGUGAUUGAAGUGAAAGGUGGGCCUGAAUCGGUGAUAUGGGUGGUGCAACUCUCUGAUCUUCACUUGAGUGUGCAUCACCCUGAUAGAGCUUCGGAUUUUAAGGCCAUUGUUGGCCCUGUUCUCUCCAUCAUCAAUCCCUCUCUUGUCCUCAUCACUGGUGAUCUCACAGAGGCGAAAAGUAAGGACUAUCUAACAUCGAAGCAAGAUGAGGCGGAAUGGGUGGAGUACCAGAAGGUAAUGGAGGAUGUUAUAACAAGGAGUGGACUCGAUAAGAGCAUUUUCUAUGAUCUUAGAGGGAAUCAUGAUAAUUUCGGUGUACCAGUUGUCGAUGGUGCCCUCGAUUACUAUUCGAAGUAUAGCAUCAAUGCACAGUUGGGAAGAAGGAAGAAUGUCAAUAGUGUCACCAUUCAGACUAAUGAGUGGAAACAUCUGUUUGUUGGGUUUGAUAGCACAAUGUCGAUUGGUUUACGGAGUCCAACUAACGUCUUUGGGCAUCCAACUGACAAACUGUUGACUGAAAUAGACUCAGAACUAUCUCAGUGGAAUUCUCAGCCGACAAAACCAGUGACAAAGAUUUCUUUUGGGCAUUUCCCGAUUUCAUAUUCAGCGUCAACACAUUCUGGGAGGAGCCUAAGGGAUAUAUUUCUCAAGCAUUCCCUAUCAGCCUAUCUAUGUGGGCAUCUCCAUGUGAGAUUUGGUAAGAAUCUGAAGCGGCACCAUCAGUUGAAUGAUCGCUUUCUGCUUUCAGAGAAGUUUUUGCAGUUCAACGUGCACCAAUUACCUUAUGAAAGUAACAAGAAUUGUUCAUCCGGCGCAUUAGCUGUUGAAGAAUUCUGGGAAUGGGAAAUGGGUGACUGGAGGAAGAGUAGAGCCGUGAGAAUUUUGGCUGUUGAUAGGGGUCAUGUUUCAUAUGUUGAUAUCGACUUUAAGUCCGGAAUGAAAAAUAUCAUUCUAAUGCCCACGUUUCCUUUAGACUCGCGCUUCAUGUCACGAUUGUCAUCACAUCAGAACUAUGAAUGUCAACAUAUGCUUCCUUCAUCGUAUGAGACUAUCAGAGCUCUAGUCUUUUCAACUUCCCCUAUUCUAUCAGUUGUGGCAAAGGUCUACGACUCAAGGUCUGGGAAUUUCGAACUGGUUAUGGAGGAAUUAAUGAGAAAAAAGGCAGGUAACUCCUCCCGGGGAGAUCUUUACUUUGUACCAUGGAACUACAAAGCCUUCCAGAGUCGGUCUCCUGAUAGGUUCUGGCUACAAAUCGAAGCAACUGACAUGUCAGGUAGGUCAACUUUAAGCGAAUUAAGACCCUUUUCUGUAAACGGUUUUAGCUCUAAGUUCUCAUGGACAUGGAAGGAGUUUUAUGUGAUGGGAUGCCAAUGGGUUAACUUGUACUAUCCGGUUCUCUGGUUUGCUCUCCACUUCCUGUUCUUCAUUCUUCUUUUUCCGAAAGCGCUCCUCAUUUUCUCAAAGAAUCAGUACACGUACAAAAAUUUCAUCACCAACAAAGGGUUUAUCAAUGGCAUGGCAUGGGUUCUACAAGAGCUGAGCAAGAUUCCCAUUGUAUAUUUUGGUUCUUUGGGAUACUUAUUGUACCUUGUGCUAUGUCCAUGGUUGGUUGGAUACGUUUUAACCGAUGGCGGCGAAAAGGGAUAUAUGACUUAUAAAGGGUGGGUGGUGAAGAGUUUUAACAAUGGAAAAAGAGAUGAAUAUAUUGGUUCUCCAGAUAUAAUAGUGGUGGUUCUUCCCCAUCUGUUGUUUGUGGUUUCACCAAUGAUUUUGGUUUGCACGGCAUUGGCUGCCGAGAAAGGGAUCUACCGGGAACACAUUCUAUCACUUUCAGGGAAGAAAGAAGAUGAUUAUGGCGAGAGGAUUGAAGGACAUCAAAACUAUGAAUACCAAGGAAAUCGAAAAGCCAAGUUCUAUAUUAGAGAUCGAUGGAUUCGGAAAAUUCUCUUGGCUUCUUGCUUGGCGCUUUUAUGGAAGCACUUGAUUAAUUGCAGAGGUCUCAUCGGAGCAUAUGAGAUGAACCCGAUCAUCCACUUUCCGGUGUAUAGCUUCUCCAUUCCUCUGCUGUUGGCAUCCGCUGUGUACAAAACUGGAAGCAUUUAAGGAUUUCUGCAGAAAGCAAGCCUUAACAUACCUGUAUUAGAAGUAAACAACUACACAUUUCAUCAUGUGGGUUGGCACAAAAGCUUGCCUUCUAAUUACAAAAUUACUCUAUCAAAGUGUAAAUGGCCAGAAUAAACCAUUUUAAAACUGCUACAACAUGCUGGAUAAGGCGUCAGGUUCGAACACUGCAAUUUUGAUCGAUUACCCUUUGAGCUUUGUUAACCUUCCAGUUUAA